AUGCCUGCCCCGUCGCUGAAACACCUGGCGACAGCCACGGCAAUCAAGCAUGUGAAAUCGCUGACUGAUAUCGGAAAUCUCCCGUAUACCCUCGUUCGUCCCAUACUAAUGAAAGUUGACAAUCCGGAGAAACUGCACACAAUGGAAGUCCUAUCCCCCCAGCUCGCGGAAGAAAACCAAGAAAUCUGGCUCGAACUUAUUAAACGCGACAUCCCCCGCUGGAACACCUACGACCUCCCCAAACACACAAACCGCUGGUACGAAAUAUACUGUGACCUGCACGCUGAAGUCCAGCGCGAGCUCGACGCCGACGCUGCAAAAAUGAAAAUGGCCAUCGACGGCAUUAAAUCCGAGCGCGCCCAGCUCCAACCAAAAGUCAUGAACCAAUUGCCCCGAGGCGUACGUGCAUCUCGCCCGCGAAUUGCUUCGAGGGGUGUAUAUAUUCCGCGGUCGGGAGAUACAGCGCCAGAGGCGAAGAAGAAGGCGGCUAUUUUUGCGCCGCAGAGGAGGAAUGCUGCGCUCGCGGUGCCGACGAAGCAUCUUAGUACGAGGGCGACGCAAAUUAAGAAGGCGCCGCGGUCGUUGAUUGAGGAGCAUCGGCGGCCGGUGGAGCAGUCUGUUCCACGGCGAGAUAAUCAGAAUACUACAUCGGGGCGGUUGCCUUUGCUCGGAAGAGCGGUUUCUGCGUCUUCGUCUUCGUCUACUCGUCCGGCGUCUGAUCUACGGGUUUCGUCUUCAUUGGCGGAGCGGGAGGCGAGGUUGAAGGCUAUUGCGGCUGGCAGGCCAUUGCCGUCAUCGUCUGCGACUGCAUCUGCAUCUACUACCCCGACUAAUACUCACAAUUCGCAUGACCCUCCCGCCUCAACCAAGGAAGCUCCAUCGCCAGCCAAAAGGGCCAUCCCCAAACGCAGGGCUACCUCUCCACCACCUCAAACACAAUCCCAAUCAUUAUCUCAUUCGUUGGGCCUUGAUGGCUCGCCUGCUAGUAGAGCAGAUAACGCUGGCCCCGAACCCUCUACCCGUCCAGUUAUCCCCCGGAAACGAACAGAGGUUGAUAUCUUCCUUCGACCGAAGAAGAGGCGGGUCGUCUAA